AUGUCGCAGAGUCAAUUGCUAACGAAGCUGGCUAAAGUACGGUGGAAUGGUAACCCGAAGGAAUACACAGACCGGUUUGCGGCUGUAGCGGAGCGUGGUUUGGGUGUCGCCACCAACGAACUCGCUGACUACUACUGCGCCGGGCAACCGACGGACCUCCAUCUUCUAAUCACCAAUAACGGGCAGGUGAAGUGUCAGUCGUGGGAGCAAGCGGCGACAGCCGCAGCACGCCUCUACGAGCCCAAGCAGAGCACGCUGGAGCUCCGAGAAAGAACCAGUCGAGCCAUCAGGGCUGCUAUCCAAGCUAAUGUACCCCGACGGCGCCAGGAAAUCGAAAAUCGACCUGGGGGAACCCACGCGAACUGCUAUGAGUGUCAGGGUCGCGGACAUACGGCACGUGUCUUCCCCAGCAGGGGAGAACAAACCAAACGUCCGGAAGGAAUAUGCAAGAAGGGUGGCGGUGUGGGACACUAUGCUCGGGACUGUCCUACUUACGGACGAGGCCAGACCGAGCCGGAGAACAAGAACAGUAGGCAGGCCACACGUCCUAGCACUGAGAAGACGGAACGAUUAAGCAAGGGGACCUAG